UAGGGCGUAGGAGGUGAGGAAAGCACCAUCGGUUCUGGUCGCGCAUACUUUUCAUACUAAAUUGUGAGUGCGUUAUGGUGCGUGUAUGAGAGUGCCUCACCACUCGAUGGAUGGAGUUAUCCUGACCCAGGGCAAAUUGAAUGUGCCUGCCUGAGCGUCAUGACCAAGUUGUCAAGUGGUCCGGGUGGAUUGUUGUCCUCAACGGAAUUGGUUCUGAUAUAUUAUCAAACAUGGCACUAAAGGUAAGAGCUUUGCCUCCAAUAUUGAGGUUGCUGAGUGUAUGCACAACCGAUCUGAAGUGUUUGCAGGUCUAUCUUUGGUCCCUGGCCCUUUUGUGGAUACAUUUCCCCUGUUUGGAGCUUAAAGUACUCCAAGGGUUUCUGAGAACGGGAGAGAAUUGGUCAUUUUUGUCCCGAUUUUGCUUCCUUUCCUUGCAUGGGCGAUUCCAAUAUGAGAUUAGCUACGACGAGGAUUAUGCAGUGCAAAAUAUUGAUCUAUACUAUGAUACACCAACACAAUGGGCACGCGUUUAUGGGGAUGAAUCUCGUCUUAAAACGUGUGCUGAAAAGGAAUCGGUUCUUCAGGUGGAAAACAAUCAGUUCAUCAAUCUCACUACGGACAUGUUGGUGGCGGGCUGCAAGCGACACGUGGCUAAUGUUUCGGGGGCUGUUCCACACAUCAUUUGUAAAGGAACCAGAAACUUCAACACAGCCAGAGAGAGAUGGUGGUUUGUGGCUAUUUCAAACUGUAAUUCGACUAAUGGACUGAGUAUGAACUAUCGAUUUCUAAUGACCAAUGGCUACAAAGGCGAUUUACUGCACUACCAUUUCUCUGCCGAUGAAUUCUACAUCCUUCCCAUUCUAUGUGUAGCUUUUUUCGAACACUUUUUUCUUCUCUUGCUCUCUGUAUGGUCAGCCAUGAUCUUAAAAGGUCGACAAUUGCUUCAUGCAACCUACAAACUCUACUUGCUGUCUCUCUUCCUUCAUAUCUUGGGGAUUUUCCUGCUCACCACACAUUACCUGGUCUAUGCCUUGGAUGGCGUGGGUCUUGAUCGAGCCCAACUGAAUGGCCGCAUGUUAGAGGCCACAUCUGAGAUUAUAUUCAUGACCCUUUUGAUAUUAAUAGCUAAAGGUUACACGGUGACCAGAGCACGGCUUAGGCAGGCUUCAUCCAUCAAGGUGGCGAUUUUCGUCAGUUGCUAUUGCAUCACCUACACGAUCUUAUUCAUCUUCGAGCAGAAAUAUUUUGACCCUGGACAGGUUCUGUACGUUUAUGAAUCACUUGGUGGUUACGGACUAGUGAUCCUUCGAACCAUGGGUUGGUGCAUGUUUAUCUACUCCACGUUCUUCACACUGAAGCACUAUCCUGAGAAGGGUGGAUUCUACUACCCCUUCUUCUCAUUCUACACUUUAUGGUUCAUUGCUGGUCCAUGUAUCAUUAUCAUCUCCAAUCACAUCAUCGCCGAAUGGGUCAGACAGAAAGUGGUGGUAUCCGUGGAACAUUUCGUCGUGUUUCUUGGUCACACUGUGUUCCUCAUUCUCACCCGUCCGAACGCGCACAAUGCGAAUUUCCCAUUCCACGUGCGCACCACACAAAUUGGGAUACUGGAGGCCAUGGCAGCCAACCCCAAUACGGCCAGCAACACCCUUGGACCUCACACUUUGGACAAUUUUAGCCAUGGAGGAUCCUAUGGGGUGACGUCACCUGCUACGGCAACGGAUAUUUUUACUGUCGAUUCAGUGUCUGCGAGAAGAACCAUCCAAAGGAACUCAACCUCCAAUGGAAGGGCACCGCCACCGCCCUAUUCUGUCACUAGUGGAGGGGACUCGCCCAAAUGGUCCAUUCGAGCCCCGGUUGUGGAAAGAAGGCUAAGUUCGAACGGCAAUGUGCCCUCUAAUCAUGCGGAAGAAAACGAAAGCAAUAUUCAUCAGCCUAACGGCUUAGCAACUAUAUUCGAUCCCAAUGCUGGAGAAGAUCUUGAAGAAUGGAAAAGAGACCAAAUCUAAAAAUGGAAUUCAAUCUCUCGCUUCCUCUGUGAUGUACCACUAUUUCUAGAAAAGAUAAAGAAACAAGUAAACGUGUGAUACGAAAACAUCCAACUUGAUUGCUUUGAAUGAUGCGACGUACUUUUAUUGAUUUUUAUCAGAGAAACACAAAUGUCAAAAGCCAAAAAAGCCGAAUUCGAGUAAAUAAUGUAAAUGUCAAUAUACAAUUGCAGCAAUCUACCUUUGUGCUUAAAUUAUUUAUGGCUCUCUAGGCAAGCGAUCAGAUUUCAUGCAAUA